AUGAAUACUCCGGCAUUCGACUCCGAUAUCCUCCAAUAUGCUCGGAACCGAGGCAUUGCAAUCCCAUCUGAGAUGAAAAUCGCUUCUGAGCUCAGUAUCGGCAAAAUCAUUCCCCUGCACUACAAGUACUCUGAUGAGGUCGCAAUCAGAUUCGAAAAGUUCUAUUCAACAGCAAGAAAGGAUCUCGAAUCACAAAAACUCAACCUGAGUCAUGACUCUUCUCUAUUUUUGAUGCAAGAAAGGAAUACGACUAUGGAGUCGCAAGUUAAUUGGGACAACUUGCUCCCUUCAAUCAACGUAGUGGAUACCCGUUCGAGUGAUCCUCUGCAAAGUGAACGGGCAAUUCGAACACUCCAGUCUGUUGUCUCUCGGAAUGGGCCUGGCUUCCAUUCUACAUGCCUGGAAUCGGACCAUGGACAAAAUGAAUCCCAGUCCGUUGGUUUUGAUAGUUACUUUGCGCCUCAUAUUCCACAGCGUCUGGGCUUUGGUACUGUGUGGGGUCCACCCAAGAAUUAUGAUACGCCUCCAAGGCUCUCGGAGAUUCUUGCUCAAGCUCAAGCUUUCGGCUCCAUGAGACUAGAUAUCUGCAAAAAGGCAUGUACUUUGAUGUCCAAGGACUGGAGGCGGGACAGUGGACCAUCGAGGAAGGUGGUAGAUUCGAUACGUUAUGAAAUGCUUCCCCAGCAUAAGAGCGCUACGCUGUUUAAUGACAUAAUACUUGUCCCUGAGAAGCUGGAAGUGCACAGCGGUCAAUUGCUUCAAUUCAGAUAUCCAGCUCGUGCCCGGAAGAUAGCUGCAAUGCGCCAAAGGAAGCCCCAGCCAAACACUCUUCUGCCCAAUUUCCAGGUUCCUGCAGAGCCAGCUUUCAAAGGGCUACGGGAAGACAGGCAAGCUCUCUCCUCUAUCCCAGAAGAUACAGAGGUAGACACUCAGAGUGAGAAGUCCCAAAACCCGCCUUGUCUUCCAUCAAAAUCACCGACCAGGAGUCCGGCUAUUGCAGCGGGUUCAAUGCUUCCCAAGGAUGUCGUUAAUGCUGGAGCACUCGCCAGUGCCACUGCAUCGCAACCAAUUUCCGUUGAGGCAUCUCCUGAGCUUCACACGAACGCAUCAUCUCUGGAAGAAUCUGGCGGUGUUCCAGAAUCUCUUCAAUCGGCCAAUUGUGAUAUACUUUCGAAUGUUUCUGACACCUUCGUUCCUGUCGUCUCUGCCCCUCUGCUGAAAGCAGAGAUCAGGUCUUCAAAAGGUCAAGUUGAAAAUAGUGACGGUAAGUCGUUUCGAAGCACCGGUUUGACUGGCCCACCACAUAUGGAGAACGCUCCUACUGCGGUGCUUGAAACUUCAUGCAUAUCCAGUAUCGGGCCAUUCAGCAAAGGACUCGGUUCUCUAUCCACAUUCAUGGAAUCGAGGGGCGUCGUCCCAGCAAACGGCUCUACAAGUAGCGCUUACUUUCCUCGUCAUGAUACUAACAAGGUCAACGAGCAGCAGCACCAAGAGAACCAACGCGUCCCUUCAGCUCUGGAAAAAGCCAUCUUUGAACCCUCAACAUACCCCAAUGCAGUCAUCACUCUCGACAUAAUCAAAUCUCAGUUCGCAACCAUGACUUCUGAUCUCCUUCUCUUCCUUUCAAUGGAUCUUCUCAAGACUCAUUUGCAAAUAGUCCAAUUCCUCGAGCAGCAACGCGACCCUCCCAGACUGAUUUACCGGGAGUACAAACAGUCCUCGGCCCCUUCAAAUCCAGGAAGCUUCCAAUAUCAACAAACGCCUCCAGAAGCAGACUUCAUAAUCGCUCCAGACGUGGGGAUCAUACUUUCGUCUUCCCACUCAUUAACACAAGUCUUCCUGCCUGGCCACCGACCCGAAGACCCCUACAUUCGAAGCAAUCCAGAUAUCACGUCCCCUCUCAGAGAACGAAUCUUCCGCCUGGCGCCUCGGUACGAAACUCUGUACUUGCUAAUAAACCACCCAUCACCCAAACUGGGAGCCCAGACAAACAUCCUUCCAGCAGAAGAAUUGCGAAUGAAUGACUCCACUCAAGAAUGCCUUCAAUCCCUCAUUUUAUUCUGCGAUUCUCUUUCUCACUCAACAACCAUAAUCCCCGUUCAUACUUCAAUCUCUCCUGAGCAAACGGGAAACUGGAUCCUCACCCUCACGGCCAUACAUGCUCAUUCCCUUCCAAAAUUCGCUAUUCGGGCACCAGAUCCUGAUCCGAUCAUGAACUACGUCGGUUCCGCUCAACGGUUCACGCUGAAUCAAAUUAUCAAGGACGACGAAACCAAAUGGGAGGUUUUCCUCCGAGCCAUUGGAUUGAAUCCCUUUGCGGCGAGAGCAGUUCUCGAUAUUAUUGAUGCGGAGGUUCAUCCUACAACGGCGUCUGAGAAUGUUGAGCUUGAUUCUUUUCCAGUCAAUAUUUCAGAAAAAGAGUCUGCUUUGGCCACUUUUAUUGAGAUGAAGCCCGAGGAGAGGCUGCGUCGGUUUCAGGGUCUGAUUGGGGAGCUUUUGUGGGCCAGGCUGCAUGCUGUUAUUGAGAGGGGUUGA